AUGUCCAAGGCUACCCCUCCGCUUCUACCCAAAGCAACGUCGCCCUCUACGCCGAACCUGUACCCAACCAAAGCGGUGUUAUCCUCGAAGAAAAAGUGCUAUCCUACCAAAGCUGCCGUACGUGUUAAAACGGCAGCAAAAGUUGCAAGUAAGGGAGGGAUCCUGGAGGUGCUACGUAUUCCCAAGAAACCUAAGGUGCGCUACACUACCCGAACCAAACUGAAGCAAACCAAGCUGGUCAAGGGGGCGAAACCUCAAAAGCUGGCUGCAAUUGUCCUCCCAGACAAGAAUGUGCCGUCGCUGUCGCGUGUUUUAGAGUGGGCAAACAACACUAUUGACCGCAACCAUGUCAGCGGAAUCCUGGCAAACUACCCAACCAUCAUGGACGACGACUUCAUGAACUCGCGCGUCGCUCACAGCAAGCGCGAUCACGUCUACACUGACAACUACGACUACAACUAUGUGAUUCCAAAGAAUCUCGUCGUCAAGUUGGAAGCCGCGGUCAAAGCGGAGAAGAAGAAGCGAUCAAAGUCUAAGUACUUCAACCAAACCGCGGACGACAAUCAUCCGAAGGGCACUACCGAGGAGAUCAUCGUCUACUUCCCCGGAGGAACCCCGCAGUUCACCAGGUUUGUAGUCACCAAGUUUCUCAUUAUGUUGUACUAUGCGGUGCUCACAAUGUUGCUUGUUAUGUUGUUAUGCUUUGUGUUGAUGUUUGGUACUGCUCAGCGCCGCAGUGUACAGGAUGAGCGAGUUUUCCAACGUUGUCCGCAAACUUGA